AUGAGGAAGUGAGUGCGCUAGUCGAGCUCCUACAAUUUUGGACCGGCGGGAAUAAUCCAAUGAUAUAGGCUACAGACAAUAGCUCUUCAUAUGGGCAGGAACUGUGAGACACACUGCGUGUAUCUUUGUCAAUAGGGAAAGUUAAUGACUACUAAGGUUAUCGGUUUGGAUUUGAGUCCGAUUCAACCGCAAUUUGCCUCUCCAAAUACCAGGUACCUCGUCGGCGACUUCGAGGACGAGUGGCUCUAUGAGGACCAAUUUGACUCUAUCCAUGGUCGACAUCUGGUUGGAGGUGUUGGGGGCUUUCAUAGGUCCAUGGCCCAGGCUUACAAACAUAAAAAGCCUGGAGGACGGGCCGAGUUUCAGGACUGGGAUGCCAAUGCGUAUUCAGAGGACGGUUCAACCAAGGACAACAUCAGUCGAGUAAUACUAUUCGGUCAUCUGUUCAGGUUUUAUCAAGGCCGGAUUCAUCAUUAGACUAGGGCGACGUCUGGCUGAAUGGCUCCGCGCAGCAGGGUUUGAAGACACCCACGUGAAGAAGAAGUACCGCACUCUUUU